AUGAAAGCUGUUCAGAUCCUCGGAGACAUGUCUUCUCCAAAAAUUACCACAAACUUCUCAAUGAAGAAACCAGAACCCGUCAAUUCUGAUGUUCUUGUUCGUGUUCACGCCGCCGGAAUCACUGGCGAUGAAGUUAUGUGGCCAGAGACAUAUCGACGCCCAACCCGAAUUCCAGGCCACGAUAUAUCCGGCGUCAUCGCCGCAUUUGGCCCUGACUACUCUGGUCCCUUGAAAAUUGGCCAAGAGGUUUAUGCGUUUCUGUCGGCAGACACCUGCGAAGGACAAGCUGACUACGCUGUUUGCUCUCCUAACGAAGUUGCUUUAAAGCCAGCGUCGCUUUCACAUGCGGAAGCUGCUGCGUUGCCGAUUCCGGUUCUGACUGCAUGGGAAGUUCUGGAUUAUGCCGAUAUUCACUUGGGCUCUAGGGUCCUGGUGACUGGCGCGUCGGGCGCAGUUGGCCAGCAGUUUGUGCAGCUUGUUAAACACUUGACCGGUGCUUAUGUGAUUGCGCUAGCAUCUGCGACGAACCAGCAGGUAUUGGGGGACGUACCAGACGAAAUUGUCGACUACAAAACCCCAAACUGGGAGAAGUCUGUACAAGACGUCGAUGUUGUCUUUGACACGGUAGGCGGAGAAGUUCUGGCCAAGACGUGGGAAACUGUCAAGUCCGAUGGCAUGAUCAUCACGAUUGGCGACCCUGCACCGUCGUGGGCCUUUGGUGGUGAUGAGCCCUCCGAGGCCUUGUCCCUACCAGGAGUGAGGUACAAGUAUUUCAUCGUCUCGCCGAAUGCGGAUCGCUUGGGAAAGAUGGCUCGGUUGUUUGAUGAGGGGGUGAUUAAGCCACUGGCCGUGAAGACGUUUCCGUUUGAUAGGGCGGUUGAAGCUUGGGAACAUGCCAGACAACGUGGAAAGGGCUAUAAGGUCGUGCUUGAGUUCUAA